UGAAAACGUGGAACCAUCCACCCUCAAAAAAAAUCUCAGAAAUAACCGGAUCUGCUCUGCUCAUGAAUGAGUCUCCUCUUAUUUCAAGAAAUAUGUGAAGAUCACUUAAGAACAAGGAGACGGCACUUUAGAGCAUCUUUUCAGCAAAACCCUGCAUCACAUUCCUGGGAGUUUUCUCUGAGCUUGGAGGUUUUCAGAGCCCUGUGGGGAUGGGGACGUGCUUGGAGAGAGGAUGGACUCACUGCGGCCUUACUAAAGGACACGGCCGUCUAAAGGUUAUGUCAUGGCCUCUGGCUCUAUGGCUAUUGACUCUUAUCUCUAUGAGCCAAAAGACUGUUGGACAGACUUUAAACAGCUUCCAAUCAGAGAGGAAAGAGUGGUCACUGAACCACCUGACUGUGCAUCAGUCCACUGGUGCUCUUUAUGUCGGAGCUGUCAACAGAAUCUACAAACUGUCAGCCAAUCUAACCCUCCUGGUGUCCCACGAUACAGGCCCAGAGUAUGACAACAAAGCUUGUUAUCCUCCCCUGAUUGUGCAGCCGUGCUCUGAGUCUCUCGCCUCCACAGACAAUGUGAACAAACUGUUGCUCAUCGACUACUCUCAUAACCGGUUGCUGGCCUGUGGCAGCCUCUACCAGGGCGUCUGUAAGCUGAUGAGGCUGGACGACUUGUUUAUCCUCGUGGAGCCAACACACAAGAAAGAGCACUAUCUGUCCAGUGACAACCAGACAGGGACCAUGUUCGGGGUUGUCGUGCCCUCGCAGAAUCAGGAUGCCACUUUGUACAUUGGCACAGCUGUUGGUGGCAAACAGGACUACUUCCCAACGAUAUCCAGCCGUAAGCUGCCUCGUGACCCAGAAUCCUCUGCCAUGCUGGACUAUGAGCUUCACACUGACUUUGUGUCCUCUCUCAUUAAAAUCCCCUCGGACACUCUGGCUCUCGUCCCACACUUUGACAUCUACUACAUCUACGGCUUCGCCAGCGGAAACUUCGUCUACUUCAUGACAGUCCAGCCGGAGACGCCUGACAACGGGAUGCCGGCGGGAAGCUCACCUGGUGACCUGUUUUACACCUCUCGGAUCAUCCGCCUCUGCAAAGGUGACAAGAAGUUCCACUCCUACGUGUCACUUCCUGUGGGGUGUGUACACAGAGGCGAGGAAUACCGCCUGUUACAGGCUGCGUACCUGUCCAAGGCUGGCAGGGUUCUGGCAAAGUCGCUCAACAUCAGCGCCCACGAGGACGUGCUGUUUGCUGUGUUCUCAAAGGGACAGAAGCAGCUACACGACCCCCCGGAUCACUCAGCUCUCUGUGUUUUCACCAUUCAAGACAUCAACACAAGAAUCAAGGAGCGACUGCAGUCCUGCUACCAGGGGGAGGGGAACCUGGAGCUGCACUGGCUGCUGGGAAAGGACGUACAGUGCACCAAGGCGCCGGUUCCCAUUGAUGACCACUUCUGUGGCCUGGAUAUAAACCAGCCCCUCGGGGGUUCUCAGCUGGUGUCGGGUCGAACGGUGUUCACGGAGAGCAGGGACCGGCUGACCUCUGUCACCUCCUACGUCUACAAUGGACACAGCGUGGUGUUUCUGGGGACCAAGAGUGGACGGCUGAAGAAGAUCAGAGUGGACGGUCCUAUGGAGGGAGGGGUGCUGUACGAGACAGUGACCGUAAUGAAGGAUAGCAGCCCCAUCCUCAGGGACAUGGCUUUCUCCCUGGACAGGACUUCUCUGUAUGUCAUGUCUGAGAAUCAGGUGUCUCAGGUGCCUGUGGAGGCCUGCGGACAGUACGGGACGUGUGCCGAGUGCCUGAGCUCCGGUGACCCUCAUUGUGGCUGGUGUGUGCUGUAUAACAUGUGUUCACGGAAGGAUCGGUGUCAGAGGGCGGAGGAGACGUUCCGGUUCGCCACUGACAUUGACCGCUGUGUUAAGGUUAUCGCUCACCCCGACAGCAUCGCUGUGUCAGCACAUAGCGUACCGCUUCUGCUGGAGGUGAACAACGUUCCUGACCUCUCCGCUGGAAUCAUGUGCUCAUUCGGCCAGCAGGCUGAAUUAGAGGGUCAUGUCAACGGGAACAGGGUGAUGUGUCUGUCCCCGGCCGGGAAGGAGGUCCCUCAGAUCCCAGAAGGACAAGACUGGGCCGGCGUGGAGCUUCGUCUGAACUCAAAAGAGACGGGCCAAAUGGUGGCCAGCACAGAGGUGAAGUUCUACAACUGCAGCACACAUAAAACGUGUCUGUCCUGUGUAAACAGCACGUUUCGCUGUCACUGGUGUAAAUACCGCAACCUGUGCACCCAUGACCCCAGCAGCUGUUCGUUCCAGGAGGGAAGAGUCAACGCCUCGGAGAACUGCCCCCAGCUCCUUCACUCCGGGGAAAUUCUCAUCCCAGCCGGCGAGGUCCGACCCAUCACCCUGAGAGCCCGAAACCUUCCCCAGCCACAGUCGGGCCAGCGUGGCUACGAGUGCGUGGUGCACGUGCAGGGUGUCAGCCACCGUGUCACGGCACUGCGCUUCAACAGCACCAGCGUGCAGUGCCAGAACAGCUCGUACAUGUACGAGGGAGUGAGGAUCAGCGACCUGGCGGUGGACCUCUCCAUCGUAUGGAACGGCAAUUUCAUCAUCGACAAUCCCGAGAAGAUUAAAGUGCAUCUCUACAAGUGCAGCGCCCAGCGGGACAGCUGCGGGAUGUGUCUGCGGGCGGAGAGGAAGUUUCAAUGCGGCUGGUGCAGCGGAGAAGGCCGAUGCACCAUGAAGCAGCACUGUCCUCCCAUCUCCCCCUACGCCAGCCGCUGGCUCAACCUCUCUGCCAGGAACGUCAAGUGCACCAACCCACGCAUCACCGAGGUGAGCCCAGUGGCAGGACCUCUGGAGGGAGGCACACUGGUCACCAUCCAGGGUCUGAACCUGGGUCUGUCCUUCUCUGAGCUGCAGGGCAACGUGGAUGUGGCAGGUGUGCGUUGCACCCCACAGGAGGAGGGAUACAUCACUGCAGAACAGAUUGUUUGUGAGAUGGCCGAAGCUCCUAAAGGAAGUGCUCCAGGUCCAGUGAAGUUAUGUGUUGGUGAAUGCAAGCCAGAACUACGAGCACAAUCCUCCCAGCUUUACUCCUUUGUGACACCAUCCAUGCUGGCCCUCACUCCAGGCAGAGGACCUGAGUCUGGGGGCACGAAGGUCACCAUUGUUGGGGAGAAUCUGGGCGCUGGAAGUGCUGUUAAUGUGUACUUUGGAAAUCAGACAUGUGAGCUGUACAGGAGAACCAUGACGGAGAUUGUGUGCUUCUCUGCUCCGUCUGUAACGAGAGCUGGACCGGUGCAGGUCAGUCUGAAGGUGGACUGGGCCAGAGUUCCUGGGAGUCUGGCCUUUGAGUACAUAGAGGACCCAACAGUCCAACGAAUUGAACCUCUGUGGAGCAUUACCAGCGGACACACCACCCUCACGGUGACUGGAACUAACCUGGAUGUAGUUCAGGAGCCACGGGUCAGAGUCAAAUAUGCCGGCCAUGAAUCUGUCAAUGUGUGCAAAGUCCUAAACACCACCACCAUCAGCUGCUUCGCCCCCUCUCUGAAGUCGGAGUACACCGCAGACCAGGAGACGAUCAAACACGUGGACGAGUUCGGCUUCGUCUUCAACAAUGUCCAGGCUCUGCUCACCUACAACAACACCAGCUUUGUGUACUACCCCAACCCUUACCUGGAGCCCCUCAGCCUGACCGGCGUGCUGGAGCAGAAACCUGGAACUCCCAUCAUACUCAAAGGACGUAAUCUGGUGCCAUCUGCGUCUGGUGGAGCGAGGUUGAACUACACGGUGCUGAUCGGAGACACGCCCUGCUCUCUCACCGUGUCUGACACUCAGCUCCUCUGCGAGCCUCCGAACCUCACCGGGCAGCACAAAGUCCUGGUCCAAGUCGGAGGACUCCACAUCUCUCCAGGAGAAGUUCACAUCCGCUCGGACAGCCUGCUCACCCUCCCUGCUAUCUUCAGUAUCGCGGCAGGAGGAGGGCUGCUCCUCAUCAUCGUCAUCAUCGUCCUGCUCGCCUACAGACGAAAGUCUCAUGAGAAUGACCUCACGCUAAAGAGGCUGCAGAUGCAGAUGGACAAUCUAGAGUCCAGAGUGGCUCUGGAGUGCAAGGAAGCCUUUGCAGAGCUGCAGACCGACAUCAACGAGUUAACGAGCGACCUGGAUCGAGCCGGCAUCCCUUUCCUGGACUAUCGCACAUAUGCAAUGAGAGUCCUGUUCCCUGGCAUCGAUGAUCACCCUGUGCUCCGAGAGCUGGAGGUGCCGGGCAGCGGACAGCAGAGUGUGGAGAAAUCCUUGAAGCAGUUCGCUCAGCUGUUGAAUAACAAAGUUUUCCUGCUGACGUUCAUCCGCACGCUGGAGUUGCAGCGCUCCUUCUCCAUGCGUGACCGUGGCUACGUGGCCUCACUUAUCAUGACCGCUCUGCAGGGACGGCUGGAGUACGCCACAGACAUCCUGAAACACCUGCUGUCAGACCUGAUAGAGCGCAACCUGGAGAGCAAAAACCACCCCAAACUACUACUACGCAGAACCGAGUCGGUGGCGGAGAAGAUGCUGACAAAUUGGUUCGCUUUCUUGCUGCACAAAUUUCUCAAGGAGUGUGCUGGCGAGCCUCUCUUCAUGCUGUUCUGUGCCAUUAAACAGCAAAUGGAGAAGGGACCGAUAGACUCCAUCACCGGAGAGGCUCGAUAUUCCCUCAGUGAGGACAAACUCAUCCGACAGCAGAUUGAAUACAAGACGCUGACGCUGAGCUGUGUGAACCCAGACAAUGAGAACAGCCCGGAAAUCCCUGUCAAGGUGCUCAACUGUGACACCAUUACCCAGGUAAAGGAGAAGAUCCUGGACGCCGUGUAUAAGAACAUGCCGUACUCGCAGCGACCACGGGCUGCAGACAUGGAUCUUGAGUGGCGUCAGGGCAGAACAGCUCGUGUGGUCCUGCAGGAUGAGGACAUCACCACCAAGAUCGAGAGUGACUGGAAGAGACUCAACACACUCAUGCACUAUCAGGUGUCUGAGCGCUGUGUGGUGGCCUUGGUGCCCAAACAGAUGUCCUCUUUCAACAUCCCGUCCUCGGCCAGCUUCCCCCGCAGCAUCAGCAGAUACGGUGUGGACGUCCCAUUCCGAUCCACUCCCACCAGCCCAGACAGCCCUCACUCUCGAGUCCCCAUGCUGACUCCAGACCUAGAGAGCGGGGUCAAAGUUUGGCACUUAGUCAAGAACCACGACCAUGGAGACCAGAAGGAGGGUGAGCGCGGCAGCAAGAUGGUGUCAGAGAUCUACCUGACCAGGCUACUAGCAACAAAGGGAACACUGCAGAAGUUUGUAGACGACCUGUUUGAGACCCUGUUCAGCACGGUGUGUCGAGGCACCGCUCUGCCUCUCGCGAUCAAAUAUAUGUUUGACUUCCUGGACGAGCAGGCGGACAAACAUGGCAUCCAUGACACUGACGUGAGGCACACCUGGAAGAGCAACUGCCUCCCUCUGCGGUUCUGGGUGAACGUGAUCAAGAAUCCUCAGUUUGUGUUUGACAUCCAUAAAAGCAGCAUCACAGACGCCUGUCUGUCUGUGGUCGCCCAGACCUUCAUGGACUCGUGUUCGACCUCUGAACACCGUCUGGGCAAAGACUCGCCGUCCACAAAACUCCUCUAUGCCAAGGAUAUACCGCAUUAUAAAAGCUGGGUAGAAAGGUACUACGCUGACAUAAACCGCCUGCCUGCCAUCAGUGAUCAGGAUAUGAAUGCCUAUCUGGCUGAACAGGCUCGCCUUCACUCCAGUGAGUUCAACAUGCUCAGUGCCCUCCACGAGAUCUAUGCUUACGUCAGCAAGUACAGCCAAGAGAUCAUUGAGGCGCUGGAGCAGGAUGAACAGGCCCAGAAGCAGAAGUUGGCGUAUAAAGUGGAGCAGAUCAUCUCAGCCAUGUCUACAGAGAGCUGAGACACACAAUAACACACACACCCACAUACGUACAAAAAUACACACAAGCGCAGCAUAACAGAAGACUUUAAACCCAUCUGCAACGCACGCGGGGUACAGAUUCUCACAUAAACACGCAGGCAUAUGGAUGUACGCAGAGACACUGCGGAUUAAUGGACCUACUGUAUAAACAAACAGCACAUACACAAAAAAAAGGAGAUUCAUACACAUGCAUACAAAUGUACAUACACAGACCACUCUACACAUCAAACAGCAGAACGUCCCAAAGCACGACUUUUGAAUCCAGUGUCAGUUUUUUUCUGAACAAACUCCAACAGGCAAGCUUCUGAAACGCUCCCAUCGAGAAAAACAGACAAAAAAAGAGAGAGAAAGAAAAAGAUUUGGGCCAUCACAGCUGCUGAAUCUGCAGCCACUUCUCUUCUGCUGGGUAGUGGUUUGCCUUUGUAGUGGCUGCUGCUCCUUCUUCUUCUACUAAAUGUAUGUGUGUGCUUGUGCGCGGCGUGGCUGGAGCUCUGAAGAAAAGAGCGGUACUUAAUAAAGAAUGACUCGACUUGAAAAAAGUCACUGGAGGAGCUCGACAAAGACAGGAGCCAAUUUAACGGGACGCCACAUGUCGUGGGACCAGAGUUCUUUUUACACGUGGGAGAUGAAGGACGUUUCUCACACGACAUAUCACAGGCUUGGAGUGACAUCGUCAUUUGGAGCUGACGGGGGCAGAGAUGUGGAACUGUGAGUUUGUUAAGCCUUUUUCUUGUUGCCUUUUAAAGGCUUCAAAAAGAUAACACUUAAGACUUUGGCACUGUUGCAAACUCCGUGUCAUUAUUUAUUGUUCUUUGGAUGAAAACUUUUUAAUUGACACCUCUGCUGGGGAUUAAACUACUCAAAACUGAUCGUUACAUCAGUAUAGAUCCAGCUCUGUGAUGAUUUAACACUAAGAGGGUAUAAAGCAUACUCACACAGCAGCCACUUUCCUCUGAUAACACUCUAAGGAUGGGAAACUCAACAGCUAAUAUGAUACCAUACUGCUAUAAUCCUUCCUAAUUAUUAGGAUAUUUGAUUGUUCUCUACAGUGGGUCCAGAUUUAAUUUUGGAGACUUAAAAAUAUGACUAAAUAUGUCAAGCAAACAUUUUCACUGAGUAAGAAAAGACUAAAGACGAGCUAAAAUAGACCUUGGACAAUAAAAAAAAUCUUAUGAAAAGUUUGUUUGAUUAUCAAGAAGACUAAAACUAGAGUAGAAUGUUAGUGCUACACUGCAGGACAAUCAAAAUCAAUGAUAUUUCUUCAUUGUGCAUGGAAUUUGCCAAGACAUAAGCAACUAACACAUUAAUUUGAAUGUUUUACAGCAAUAUUAAUGGCACAAUUUUGCUUUUUCAGUCAGUUUAAAGAGAAAAAAUGUUUCGACUGUAAGUUAAAGGGCUUUUAAUUGACUAAAACUGACCAAAAAUGUUUGAGUUUUGUUUCAACUUUGACUUGACAAAAUUUUUAAAGACGUAACACGAGGCUUCAUCAGCUUUAGGUAAAAUGAGCUAACUAUUUUUGCUCAUAUUGCAAAUGUGAUGUC